AUGAGCUAAAAAACCAUUUAAUCACAAGAGGAAUUAGAAGAAAACAAUAAAAAUUAAGAAGAGGAAGAAAAUGUACCUCAAUAAUCAAAUAAAUAGGGAUCAAGUGAGAAUUUAAGAUAAAAAAAUAGAUCAUAGGAGAAUUUAAAAUAGAGGAAACAAUCUCCUAACUAUUAUUAAAGUAGCAUGGUUUAAAGCGGAGUUGGAACUUCACCUACUCGUAAGCCAAAUGACAAAACAUUUAUUACUUUAUAAAAAAAAGAGGAAGAAUCAUAAGUGUGGAAGCCUUAUGAUUUCCUCUUUCCUGCUGGAAGACUUGCUAAACUAGUUAAAGUAUUUGAUGUCUAUUUUAAGAAUUUUCCUUUCUCAGAUUUGCUGAAUAAGCUUAAACUUACAGAAGGUUAUCCUAUUGUUAAUUUGAUAGGAGCUGCAUAAUCUAAUAGAGGUAAAUUUUAUGCUGGAUUAGCCAGAGCUUGCUUCAAUAGCGAAGCUAUAAUUGUUGAUUCAGCAAUUGAGACAGGACUUGAACCUUAUGUAAUAAGAAGAGAUUUAAAACUGGUUGGCGUAGCCCCUGAAAAUUGUGUAAAAUAUCCCAAAAUUAAUUCAACAUACAAAGACCCUUACGAGCUAUCAAAUGGUCAUACUCACUUAUUCUUAGUUAAUGACAAGGAUAAGACUUUACAAUGGUCACAGGAAACUUUAUUUAAGAUACAAUUAAUAUUAAAGUUGGCAGAAGGAAAAGUAUCCAAAAAGGGUCCAAGGUGCAAAAUAGUAAAUGUAUUAUUGGCUGAUACUCCAAAUUAUUUAGAUGAAGUGAGAUUAGCUGUGAAAUAUGAUUUGCCAAUUAUAGUUUGUAAAGGAAGUCAUAUAUGCGAUGAAAUUAUUAAAAACUCUAAAGCACAAGAAGAAGAAAAAUAAUGGAACUUAGUUGAUGAUGAAAUGCAAGAACUUCUUUAGAAAGGCCACUUUUAUAUGCUUGAUAGUCUUGACUCUGAAGAUAUUGCUUAAUAUAUACAUUUCUUUUUAACUUUUACUCCUUACUGA